AUGGGCACAGGUGGGUGGCACUGAUGGGCACAAGUAGGUGACACAGGUGGGUGGCACCGAUGGGCACAGGUGGGUGGCACAGGGGCGGACUGACAACUCAUGGGGCCCCCCGGGUAAUAGGGGAUCAUGGGGCCCCUGUGUCCUUGCCCAAACUCAAAAAAGCCUAUGAAAAAGGUACCAGGGGCAUCUCAUGGGGCCCCCUACUGACCCCGGGCCAUCGGGCAGUGCCUGAGUUUCCAAAUGGUCAGUCCGCCCCU